AUGAUCGCACUGGAGCCCGGAAGUGUGUGUGACCCUCAGCAUUAUUUCACACCACUAAAACCAUUUAAACAGCGUGAGAAAUGAAAUAAUAUAUUUAUAUCUCUGUAUUCCAUAUCUGUGAAUCAAAACCGGUGGAUAAAGGGUGAUUUUGGUGGCGGCUUCAGGCUGUGGAUGCCUUUUGAGUUCAAGCCCAACAGGUUUGGAGAGGAUGUCAUUGUGAGGAACACUCUGUGUGGAUAGAAUGCAGUCUUCAGGGCACCGGUUGAGGGAUGUGGAGCAACAGCAACCUCUCCUCAGCGGUGGGGAGGAGGAGGUGGCUGCCGGCCGCAUCUGGUUCAUCCAGGACAGCUGUGGAAUGGUGUGCGCCUUCAUGACCUGGUUUCUGGUGAUGUACGCAGAAUUCGUGGUGAAUUUUGUCAUGCUGCUCCCCUCCAAAAGCUUCUGGUACUCUCUCAUCAACGGCGUGGCGUUUAACUUCCUGGCUGUGCUGGCGCUGACGUCACACCUGCGGACCAUGCUGACAGAUCCAGGAGCUGUUACCAAAGGCAACGCUACUAAAGAGUACAUGGAGAGUCUGCAGCUGAAACCAGGAGAGGUGAUCUACAAAUGUCCAAAAUGCUGCAGCAUUAAACCAGAAAGAGCGCACCACUGCAGUAUAUGUAAGAGAUGUAUCAGGAAGAUGGAUCACCACUGUCCCUGGGUCAACAACUGCGUGGGUGAGAACAAUCAGCGAUUCUUUGUCCUCUUCACUAUGUACAUAGCCUCCAUUUCUUUGCAUGCGCUCUGUCUCAGCGGUUUCCACUUCAUCACCUGUGUUAAAGUCCAGUGGAAUGAGUGCAGUGAUUUCUCUCCACCUGUGGCAGUAAUGCUGCUGAUAUUCCUCUGUCUUGAAGCACUGCUGUUUCUCACCUUCACUGCUGUCAUGUUCGGCACUCAGAUCCACUCCAUCUGUAAUGAUGAGACGGAAAUCGAGCGGUUAAAGAAUGAAAAGCCUACAUGGGAGCGGCACGUGCGAUGGGAGGGGAUGAAGGCUGUUUUCGGCGGUCCACCCUCUCUGCUGUGGUUCAACCCUUUUGCUGGACUCCGACUCCUGCUGAUGGUCCGCACUCGGAAGGGCGGGUCCGAGUUCUCUGUUUGAACGAAGAAUACUGUCUAUACAAGCAUGAACGUCUGAUUUCAUGCCUAUAACCCUAUUCAUACAGGACGUGAGACUUCUUCCUUAAUGCUGGUGCAGGUUUGGAGGUACGGUGAUGAAACCUGUUCAAUAACUGACGUCACCCAUGGAACAAAAAGGCUCCGACUCCGUACAGACCGGCUGUGUCCACAUUAUGACCUCGUAAGGUGGAUCGUACUUGUUAUGCUCAUUUUGUUUUAAGUGGACUAUUUUUUGUUGUGGUUUUUUUCAUUGAGCUGAACGAACUUUAUGGAAAUUUCAACUUAAAUAUUUGAAGGGUGUCUAUAUCCGUUAUUCAGCCUAGAACAAUUGCAUCUUGCUAUUUAAAUAGAGCUACUGUGUGACAAAUGCCACGUUCCAUUCGGUUAACAAGCAAUUGUUGUUUAAAGAAAACUAGAUCAUAAACCAAACUGAUAUUUGGAAAGUAAUGCGUGUUGCCAAAAACGGCUCUUGGGUGAAUCUCAUGAAAACUGUUGAGAAAUGUCUGUUUCAUAUUUCAGCCCAAAAUCAAAAGAAAAUAUAAGACAUUAUAUUAACAAAGGGAAAAGUAUAUUUUUAGGAUGCUGGAGAUAGUUUGCAGUGUGACAUUAUUUUCAUGACAAUUAGGCACAUUUCCUUCCCACAAUUGUCAUUGCUGUUAUCAAAUUAAAAAGUGUAUGCGUGUGUAUGUAUAUAUGCAUGUAUAUAUAGAUGUAGAUGUAUGUAUGAAUUCAUAUAUGUGUGUGUGCGCGCGUGUAUGUAUGUAUGUAUGUAUGUAUGUGUGUGUAUAUAUGCUUGUGUGUGUAUAUAUAUGUAGAUGUAUGUGUGUGUGUGUGUGUGUGCGUGCGUGCGUGCAUAUAUAUAUAUAUAUGUGUAUGUAGAUGUAUAUGUAUGUGUGUACCUAUGUGUAUGGAUAUAUAUGCAUGUAUAUUAUAAAGUGUAUGUAUUUUAUAAAAUAUUAUUUUAUAUAUAUGUAACUAACAUAUCUUUGUUAAAUUACAUUAAUUAGAGUAAGAUUGAAUCGAAGACAAUUUGGGGAAAUAAAAUGUGUUUGUUGACAUGAAAAUAAUGCAAAAUGUAAUACAAAAUAAUAGUACAAAUUCAAAAAUUCAUUUUGGGGUUAAAGUCGACCUGUGCAUGUCUUCAUAAAAUUCACUGUCUUAUGUGUUAAGAGCUUGCAGCUAGCUUCUUGGCUGACCUUGUCUUAUCUUUAGCACGUAACCUAAAUAAUGAAGUCAUUUUAAAAUCAUCUCGUCUUCAUGUAUUGUAGAGACAAUUAUAUCCUCAGUCCGUAGUCUGGAAAUUAAUACCAGUCCCUAAAAAAUACUUAGCUAGAUUAAUGGAUGGUGAAAGUAUGUAAUUCCUACCAUGACCGUAGGCUGUUCUGUGAGAUAAAGACAAAUUACAUUAUGGCAUGCAUAAUUAAAGUAUGCCCUUUGUGCACAAGAAGCCCACAGUACUGAGCCAGGAACUCUUAAUAAACAUAUAGAUUACAAGUGUAACACAAUGCUGUAAAAUGAGGUGAUCUGUAGGCACGUUACUCCGUAGAUUCCUCCAUACUUGGGACAUGUGAGCUCAUUAAGAGAAUCAGUUAUGCUGCACGUUCACAGAGGUUGACUGACGUGUUUUGUUCUAUACUCUUUCUUGUCUUUUCAUGUUUUCAUCUUCACUUUUAUCAGUAGACUGCUUCACAUCUUUUAGAUUAGAGAAUAUUGACAUGGUGACCACUAUUUUUGUUUUUUUCCCUGGAACUAUUUUGGCUGGGUUGACACAUAAUGUGCAGAGUUGUAUCGAUCAUACUGUGUGAAUCUUACAAAGCCUGUCAUGAACAUGUGCAGGUCAUAUUUUACCUCAAAAUCAAAAGAAUAAAAUCUAUAAGAUGUAUAUAAAGUUUUUGCAUUGUGAUGAGCACAUUUCCCAUCCUUAGUUCUCAUUACUGUAAUGUGGAACAAAACUGAUAAUUAUUUAUUUGAUAAAAGGUUUUCAUAUUUGUUGUAUUGCCUUUAAUUUAUGCAGAUUUGUCAUAACGGUAAUGAGAAUUUGAGCGGAAAUUGCCAUUAAAAUAAAAUCACAAUGCAAAAAAAUCUAAAUGGUCCUAAAAAUAGCCUUCAUUAUCUAGACACACUAAGAACAUAUUCAUAAUUGAAACCAAAAUAAAUAAAUAAAUGCAAUUAAAAGGCAGUGCUUCAGGAUUAUGUCUCAGCAUUAAAAGGCCAGACUAGAUUAUUUAUUAUAUAAAAAGAUUAUUAAAAGGUUUUUAGCACCACUCCAUAUGUGUGUGUGUGUGUGUGUGUGUGUGUGUUAACACUCAUUGAUAUGUUUACAACACUGGUUGUCAUGUAUUCAUAAGCAUUCAUUUAAAUAUCUGAUGACUGUCAUCCUUGUAUCAUCACCAGUAAAAAAAAAUUUAAAAAAAAGAUUUUUAACACAACAAAAAUGGCAAUUCUGAGCCAGUACUGACAAUGAAUAAUUACAUAUUAAUUAAAAAUAGA